AUGCUGGUGGAGAUAAUCGAGUGUGCGUUAUGGCUUUGUUCACUUUUUGCUCCAGAUACAUCAAGAAUGAGGUCUAACUCGGAAUCUUUAGCUGAAAAUACAAAUGUUGAGUUCAGAGAAAUCGAGAAUGCUGAUAAAGACAAUUACAUCAACAAAGAAUACGAUGACGAUAAUUAUGCUCAAUUAUCAAGCGAUCAUUUUGUCCCUAGUGAUUCCAGCCAGUAUGGAAGUAAUUACAAUGCUUGUCAAAACUGUGAAAAAGUUUGGAGGACAUUUUGCAAAUGUUUUUGGAUGAAUUUAAACAUCAUUGUGGCGUCCAUCAUUCCUAUUGCAUUUUUUAUAACGCUUGUUUAUGUGCUACUACAGAUACCCUCCACAUCUCUUAUUUUGUAUAUCGCUGUUUUGCUUUACAUUUUUGAUAGUGUACAAUCUUCGAACCAACCAACCUUUCAUUCCUUAUUCAAAUUUUCACAUCACAGUUCUCGUUUCUAUAGAAUUUGUCUUUUGUAUUUUACUUUCAUAUUUUACAAGUUUACAAUAAUUCCUGUGUUCAAUAAAGCUCGUCAAAGCUUAUAUAAAUUCUUGAUUGCUACUUCCUCACCACUGGCGUCACUUAUUCCUACAGUAUUGUGUGGGCAUAUAGCGUUGAAAAGAAGUUCCGAGCUUGUUCAUCCCGGUCGUAGUUUUGUCCUGGUGUUCAUGAUCCGAGGUGGUACUAUAUUCCUUUAUAGAACGAUGCAGACAAACUUUAAAAGUAUUUGGCUUUUUACUGGCCUUUCAUUAUUAUCAGCAGUUUUAAACUUUCUGAAAAGAGCCACCGAAGAACUUCGACUCAAAUUGUGGAAACGAAUAGUUUCAGCUUUAAAGAAAUUGCGUUGUUUUCAAAGACUACAAGUUUUACCAUGGAGCACUGCUCAUGCAAGACGGUUGAAAGCUGACUUAGAAAUUCAAGAUAUACUUUUUGAAUACAACACUCUUGUUUUGAGUCAAGCUUACUUCAUUUCAUAUCAGCUUCAAAGUUUUAACAUCGCCACAGAACCAUUGUUACUUGAGUUCCUGAAAAGAAUUGCGAUUGGUGUUUUAAUAGAUUUCAUCUUUAACUGGCUGUCUAAUUUUGUGCAAAUGUAUUAUCACAACAUUCCCAUUGGCCGCGUGUGGAAAAAAUACUGGAAACGACAUUUGUUCGCUAAUGUAGUCGUCGUGUUGGUAAUUAUUGCUUAUUUUAGCCGAAGUUUGGAAUCCGUAUUUCGAUUGCAUUUCAAAGAGACUGGAGAGAGCUCUGUAAAGUAUGCUGUCAGGAACUGUUCGUUGUUCUAG